AGAAAGAACCCAGGCUCUCGACACUCCGCCCUGCCCCCAACCCCAACGCGCUUUUUCUCCCUCAUUCUAACGAAAAAAUAAAAAGAAAACCCAUCCAUCAGACGGUCCAGAUCACCCCAUCCCUUCCAUAUCCACACUUUUCACCCGUCUGAUCUUACCCUCGCGCCCUUCAUCACCGACCAACCCGUGCUUCCUCUUCCCUCCCUUCCCGCUUGCGAGCCCGAUGAUGCCGAGCUCCGAAGACGACCUCAGCCGCGAUCUCUACUCCAUCCCCAGCUCUUCCAGCUGGUUCCAAUGGGACGAGAUCCACGAGACGGAGCGGCGGGAGCUGCCGGAGUUCUUCGAUGGGAGUGCCGCCUCCCGGAACCUUAGGGUCUACAAGGAGUACCGCGACUUCAUCAUCAACAAGUUCCGGGAGGACCCCUCUCGUCGGCUGACCUUCACAGAGGUCCGGAAGUCGCUGAUCGGAGACGUUGGAACCCUUCACAAGGUGUUCCUUUUCUUGGAGAGAUGGGGGCUGAUCAAUUUCGGGAUUUCAGGUGGGCGGCCGCGGCAGCCGGAGGAGGUGGGGCCGCGGGUUGUGGUGGAGGAGGCGGGGGCUGGGGUGCAGGUGGUGCCAGCGUCCUCGAAAUUGGCUUCGGGGCGGUCGGCGGUGGCGGCGACGGCUGCUGGGGCUGGGGAGACUGGGUUCAGGUUGCCGCCGCUGUCGUCGUACUCGGAUGUGUUUGGGGACUGGGCGCCGGGGAAGGGCCCGGUGUGCGCGGUCUGCGGGAAUGAGGGUGUCUCUGGUCGACAUGAACCACUGAUCGAGGGUGGUUUUGUGGUAUGUUUGAAAUGUUCGAAAAAUAGGAAUGACAUUGAAGGAAAAUCAGCAGAUGACAAUAGUGGUCAUGCUGAUGGCAAUGCUAACCAUGCAACUGGCGCAUGGACAGAUGCAGAGACCUUACUUCUUUUAGAAGCUGUUCUGAAGCAUGGAGAUGAUUGGGAUCUUAUUGCCCAGCAUGUGCGAACAAAGAGCAGAAUUGAUUGUAUUGCAAGGCUUAUACAGCUACCUUUUGGUGACCAUAUGUUGGGCACCUUCAGUGGUAAAUAUGAUGCUAAAAACUCAGGCAACCAACCAACCAAUUCUAAAGCAAUCCAACAUGCUUCUAGUGAGCUACUGCCAGAGCCUAAGACAGAUGGUCAUGGGCAUGAUGAUGUGAAGGAGAAGGUUGCAGAAGAAUCUACUCCAGUACAUCCUUUGAAGAGAAGACAUAUUCCAUCUAUUGCAAACGCUACGGAUUCUUUGAUGAAACAGGUAGCUCUCUUGUCUACAGCAGCAGGCCCACAUGUUGCAGCAGCUGCAGCAGAGGCAGCUGUUAAAGCAUUGUGCAAUGAGAAACCAUGUGCGUGGAAGGUCUUCGAUAUUGAUGAAGAUGAAUCUAGAAAAAAGCUUAAAUCAUUCCCAACUAAAAAUGAGCCCAAGAGUGCUGUCAAGGUUGAGGAUCAGGAGGUGGAGAUGGAUAAACAAACAGAUGCUCCAGAACUGCCACAGAAGAAUUUUAGUGCUACAGCAUUUCAAACUAAAGCUGCCAUUGCGACAGCUCUUGGGGCAGCAGCUGCCCGUGCCAAGCUACUAGCGGACCAGGAAGAGAGGGAAAUGGAACUUUUGAUGGCAUCGAUUAUUGAAGCACAGAUGAGAAAGAUUCAAUAUAAAAUCAAGCAUUUCAAGGAGCUGGAGUUCAUUAUGGAGAAGGAAUACACCCUAAUGCAGCAGAUGAAGGAAUCUCUUCUUGACAAGUGGGUAGAGGUCAUUCAGCAGAUAUUUCAGGCUGGGAUUCCAAGAUGGAAGGACCAUGCUUUCCCCAAAUCUUUGUGGAACAAUGGUUCCUAACUUAGGGAGCCCUUGUUUUCUUAUCCUUGAUUCCUGAUUCUGGUUUCUUUCCUACUGUCAUGUAUGCAGCUUUAAAGAAAGCACCCUGGGUAAUUUUUUAAUACAAAAUUUGGACAACUUCAUACCUCCAUACAGGUUAAAUAAGCGUUCAUUAAUACCA